AUCCUCUCAAAGCUGCUGACCACCAUCUGCUUACAGCUCCAACACUCACUAUCUCCUCUCCUCAACUAGUACUAGUGCCGCUUCUCCUCUCGCCCUUCGACGACGCAGCAUAGUUGAACUGUCUACGGUAGCAGGCAGAGAGAUGAGGCGUUGCAGCAGUGUCUCUUCGCCGCUCGCCGCUGUUGCCCUGCUCCUCCUCGUCUGCUUCUCCCACCGCGUGGCAGCGGCUCGUCUCCUGCCUGCUGUUCAUCCUCUUGUUCACCAAGAGAGCGGUGUCAAGGCAGCUGUAGAUGGCCCAGUGCUUCAGGAAGGUGCCGCAGGCAAUGGCGAUGAGCUCUCAGUCUCCGAGCAGAUGAUGGGAGCAGAGGAGGUGGACGAGGUCUGCGCGGAGGGGAACGACGAGUGCAUGCAGAGGAGGCUGCUCCGAGACGCGCACCUUGACUACAUCUACACGCAGCACAAGGGCAAGCCUUGACCAGGAACACAUCUUCUCCAUGGAGAGAUACUCUGACUAACUGCACGAGUGACGUCGCCGCUUAAGUGUAAAGUUCACUUAGAGUUGAUCCAUGUGUCAGUUACAACGUAGUAAUCUCAGAGGAACCGCGUCCCUUCUCCAUUGGUUCCUUGCCGGUUUGGUUGGUUUGGGCGGAGUACAUGCUGGAAAGGGAUUCUCAUAUAAUAUAUCUACCUGCUUCAUGCUAGCUUUUCUCACUAAUAUCCGUGAUCCGUCUAGACGUAUAUGCGUGCGUCAGAUUUGUCUGUACAUCUCAAAGUCUGUCUAAUAUACAUGUACCAUUUUCUUCAA